AUGGCGUUACGUGUGGACUACGAAGGAAGUAAUGAUGUUGGUGUAUUCUGUACACUCACAAACAGUUAUUGCCUUGUCGGAGUUGGUGGAACACAAAACUUCUACAGUAUUCUUGAAGCCGAGCUUUCCGAUAUCAUUCCAGUUGUUCAUACUUCAAUCGCUUCAACAAGAAUUGUUGGACGUGUUACAGUCGGAAAUCGUCGCGGUCUUUUGGUUCCAAAUUCAACCACUGAUCAAGAACUUCAACAUUUGAGAAAUUCGUUACCAGAUGAAGUGAAAAUUAGACGAGUUGAUGAAAGAUUAUCUGCUUUGGGAAAUGUUAUCGCUUGUAAUGAUCAUGUUGCCAUAGUUCACGCCGAAAUUAGUCAAGAAACCGAGCAGGUACAAAAAAAUAUUAUAAGAUUCCAACCAUUGUAUUCAACGUAUUUUUUUACAGGCUCUCGUUGAAGUUCUCGGAGUCGAAGUUUUCCGUGUCAGUUUGGCACAAAACGCUCUUGUCGGUUCAUACUGUGCUCUUUCUUCACAAGGAUGUUUGGUCGCUGCUCGAACACCACCAGAGACACAAAGAGAAUUGGCUGCAUUGUUGCAAAUCCCAGUUGUCGCUGGAACUGUUAAUCGGGGAAGUGAAUUGAUUGGAGCUGGAAUGGUUGUUAAUGAUUGGGUUGCAUUCUGUGGUCUCGAUUCAACUUCAACCGAAUUAUCAGUAGUUGAAUCAAUUUUCAAAUUAGGAGAACAAGGAGCACCAACCAGUAUCAGCAAUCAAUUGAGAGAUACUCUUAUCGAAAGUAUGCUCUAA